AUGUUUACAAGAGGAAUCCGAGGUGGAGACUGGGAAAGCUACCGUGGUGCACUUUCAGACAUGCUUCCUUACAUAGCUUUAUAUGAUCACGGAAACUAUUUGAAGUCCCUUUCCGUCCAUAUCGCAGACUUGAAUCAGUUGCCACUUGAAGUCGAGGCUGGUUUUCACUCUGGUGACUUUGCUGUGCUGAAGACCAAGAAGAAGUUUUCUCAGGUAGAACUAGAUCAUGCUCAGGAGACUCAGAUAUCCGAGCAAACCUAUAGUAUGUUCUCAAAAGCAUCAAGUACUCUAUGUCAUAAAGAAGAAACAGGUAGCAGGCGUUCGCGAGACCUUCAUGAUGAAGACGCAAUUCUUCAGCUUAUGGAAACGUACAAUCUGGGUUCCACAGAAAGAUGCUGUACAGUAUUGAGCAAUGUGGCUACUAAGGAUAUAGCAACGACAAAGAUUUCUGAAGCUCUUCUUACUGCGAAACAACGCGGGGCUGAACUGGUGCAAAACUUUGCUCGUCAAAGGCUUGUCCAAAAUCCAGAAAACGGCAAGUUUUUGGUUAACUAUCAUGCAACAUUACAUAAAAACAACGCGCUUACUUUGGGCGAUCUUUACAAGGAAAUGCCUACUCAAGCAUCUAAUACUAAGCAAGUAAUGGACACUGACAGAGACUUUUUGCGUAUAUUGAUUGCGGCAUGCAAGGGAGGUAGAAAAAUUGACCUCAAGAAAAUCUUAAAGCACGAGCUUUGCAAGGUUCGUGUAUCAUUAGCUACUGCUUACGGCGAGCUGCGAACAGCAGAAAAGGCUUCGUUGGUGAAGGAAAUCCUGAUGGGAAUAGAGUGUCAAAGCAAACUCUCUUUUGCUAAAAACGACUCCAUCCUCAUGAUUGAUGGGAUGGCAUUUGUCUUGUCCUUGGGCCGCCCGCAGCUAGCUUAA